GGAUAUUAUGAGGAGGAAAGAAAAACUCGUUUUCUUUAUCUUUUUCAAUGACCCAUCUCAGUGACUAUAGUUUUUUACAAAGAAUCAUUGGGUUGAGUUAUGUCUUUAUUUGGCUUGUGUAUCGCAUCCAGACAACAGGUGGAUUUGGGUGUCUCCAGUUUUCGAAAUUUAAACAGGGAGACCUCAAGAGUUUUGUGACAGCAUGGUUAUUGAUCAUGUUGCCAUUUCAACUCUACUAUGAUAUCAUGUCUUGUAAGAUUAAAUAUCAAGAAGGAUAUGCAGUUCUUGUAGGGCAUAUUCAAACCAAGCCAGAAAUACUCUGGACACAGGCAGACAGAGAUCUUGUCCUACCUACAGAUUACAGUUUAUGUGUUGGAUUCUCGUUACAAAUUGGUACAUUACUUUUAUUGCAAUGCUUUUGGAAAUACUUGGCUAAAUUGGUAGCCAAAGCAAGAUUUAUGAGUAGUAAAGAAUUUAAAUUUUAUAUUAUCAUGACCAUGAUCAAUAUCAUUCUGUUUCCAGUCAUUCAAUACACUUUUUCUCAGCCAGGUCUUUAUGAUGUUACAUUUAAAGAAAUUAUACCUCAACUUGUCUAUGGCAUUGAACUCUGGUGUAUCUCUUUAUUGGGUGGUGUAUCUCAUGUUCGAUUCAAGACGUUAUUAAAAGGACCUUUUGUGACAGACAAGAUAAAGUAUUUUCAGGAACUUAAUCUAUUAUUAUCUAUAGCUUUGUUUAUCUUUUCAACAAGCUUUAUUAUCUUGAGUGGUGAUGGACUGACCACAGCAAAGAAGAUCAAUACCAAUAAAUUUGCUUCUGACUUGAUGAUCUGUAACAUCAAUAUGAUGUGUAUCUUGAUCUGGGUUUUAGUCAUAUUGAUCAUUCAUCCUAAUAAAAUCUAUAAUCGACGAUGAACAUUAUUGACUGGCAUGUUAAAUGAAAUGGAAGAAAUGGAUCUUGGUUCAUUAUUUAACACUUUUAAAUGUUCAAGUGGUGAUAGAUGAGUUGAUUUUGUUCUCCUUGAUGAAAAUAAUCCUCGAAUAC